AUGGCUCGUCAACGAUCUGUCGGCCGCGCUCCUUCGCGCCCUACCGCUGCUGCUCCCAAGCCUGUUCCUCAGCAGACUCGCCCUACCGCCACCCACGCUGCUCCUCCCACUGCCGCUCACCCUCCUGCCCAGGCCAUGCCUCCUCAGGCUGCCGGUUCUCAGGGCCCUGGACUGUUCGGCCAGAUGGCCAGCACUGCUGCCGGUGUCGCUAUCGGUUCCUCAGUAGGCCACGCCAUCGGCGGUCUCUUCUCCGGCGGUUCCUCCGAGGCUGCUGCCCCCGUCCAAGCUCAGGCCGCCCCCCAAGAGCAGUCCUGGAACCAGAACAACUGCGCCGGUGUCGCCCAGAACUUCACAAAGUGCCUGGAUGAGAACAACGGAAACAUGCAGAUCUGCAACUGGUACCUUGAGCAACUCAAGGCUUGCCAGGCCGCCGCUGGUCAGUAA